UCUCCUCUCUUAUAGACAGAACCACCGCUCUCCCCCUCUCUCCUCUCCUCCCUCUCUCCUCCCCUACCCACAUCUCCUCUCUUAUAGACAGAACCACUCCUCUCCCCCUCUCUCCUCUCCUCCCUCCCUCUCUCCUCCCCUACCCACAUCUCCUCUCUUAUAGACAGAACCACGGUCCUCUCUCUUUCUUCUCCCUCUCUUUCUCUCUCUCUCUCUCUCUCCAGCCAUGUGUUCCAGCUUAGCAUCAGCUCCUCUUUCUGUCUGUCUCUUCCUCCUCCUCAGAGUAACCUUCAUCACAUCAAAAGGAACAGAUCAGACAGACCCUGACCCUGGGCUGACCUUUGACCCCUGGCUGACACAGUUCCAGGUCGUACAGCUAGACGGGUCACCGGUGUACCCACCCUGUGGAAGAGUCCUCGCCACGACCACACCACCACCGCCGACUCCAACGGUCAAACCUACAACCACAACUAAAACUUACCGGGUGGUUGACAUAGAUGGGUCUCCUGUGAUCCAUUACCACCCCUGCAGGGUCAUACCGGUGGAACGACAACACCCGGACCAACAUCUGACCACAAGACCACCGCAGUCACAAGAAACGGUCAAAGCUAAAACCACAACUACAACGACAGCUCCAACCACAACAACAGCUCCAACUACAACGACAGCUCCAACCACAACGACAGCUCCAACUACGACUGUGAACAGGAAAGCCCAUGUUAAUCAACCACUAUUUGCCAAAACAGUUGGUCACCCCCUCAACCGCCCUUACCCAAAGUUGCACCUCCCCCGCCUUCUGGCCAAUAGCAGGCCAGCUCUGUCCCGCUACAAUUUGCUCAGUUGUUUCAGACUCCCUGCUCAUUGGCUGUUUCCUGGACACAGACUGCUCUCUAAGCCAAUAGGAAGGCUCCCUCGCCAACACAGCGGGACCAAUAGCAAGAGGAACAGAGACUUGGUGUCGUUACUGAAGAGGAGCAACAGACAGUCUGUCCUUCUGUCAGUCCUGAGGAGAGGACAGACUCACAGAAAGAACAUUGUAGGCUCCUCCUCUGAAGAGGGGGACUAUAGAAAUAAAAUGAAUAGAACAGGCUUGGAACCUCUAACCCUGGUCAUAUGACUGGUAAAUAGAAUGAAUAGAACAGGCAAUUUGAGAGGUAAACUCAUGGGUACAAUUGCAA